GAAGGCAGUUUAAAGCAGUCAGGGCCAGUUGACUGCCUUGAGCUUUUUCAACAAGGCUUUACCGAGGACGAUGUGUAUGUUAUAAAACCAACUGGAAGUACUGCCACUGAUGUGUGGUGUGAUAUGACCAAUGGUGGAUGGACAGUUAUACAAUGCCGGCAAGACGGAUCUGAAGAUUUCUACAGAAAUUGGGAAGAUUAUAAAAAUGGAUUUGGUGAUAGGAGUGGCGAGUAUUGGCUCGGGCUUGAAAAUAUUCAUCAUUUGACAAAAAGCAAUAGCUCUCUUUACUUAUACAUGGAAACAUUCCCAAAUGACGAUAAGAAUCCGUUUUCUGCUUUUGCUGAAUAUUCAACUUUCAAGAUAAAUGACGAGAAUGAUAAAUACAAAUUGACUAUAGGGGGAUAUCAUGGCUCGUGUAGUAAUUCCAUGUCGUAUCAUAAUAACUGGCAAUUUACGACCAAGGAUAGUGACAAUGACAACUCGACAGGGAACUGUGCAGACCAAAGUGGUGGAGCAUGGUGGUACAGGGAUUGUCAUCGCGCGAAUCUUAAUGGGCUUUAUCUGAACGGGGUUAAUACCGAAACCAAUCGUGGUAUUAACUGGUUUUAUUGCUGGGGGAACGAAUACUCUCUCAAGAAUAUUGAAAUGAAAGUUAGAAGAGAUAUGUGA